GUUUACUUAAUGGGAGGCUGCGAGUUUAAAUUUAGGGGUUCAAGUGAUGAUUCAUGUAAGACAAGAAUAUAUUUAGAAAUGACAUUAUAGAAUUUUGAAUUAAUAUCAGUUGUUGGAUAAGGAGGAUUUGGAAAAGUAUAUAAGGCAAGACUUAACAAAACUCGCAAUAUAGUUGUAGCACUUAAAGUCAUGUCCAAAGUUAAGUACAUAACUAAAUUAUAUUUAAAGAGUGAUACAGAAAAAAAGCGUGAGUUCAGUGAUGAAUGAAUUAUAGAUUUUAUCAACCCUAAGACAUGAGUAAUUAUACGUGGAUAAUUCUAGAUUUAUCAUCAAUAUUAUCAGUGCCUUUUAAGAUCGUUGUUCCUUGUAUUUAGCUAUGGAUUUCUUGGCUGGAGGAGAUUUGAGAUUUCAUUUAUGCAAAUAUCGAAAAUUCUCUGAAGCAAUCACACAGCAUAUUGUGAUUUGCAUAAUUAUAGGACUAGAUUAUAUACAUUCAAAUGGCAUAAUCCAUAGAGAUAUCAAGCCUGAAAACUUAGUAUUUGACAGCCAAGGCUAUUUAAGAAUUACUGAUUUUGGAAUCGCUAGAAUAUGGAAACCACAGAACAGUCAUGAAACAAGUGGCACUCCUGGUUACAUGGCUCCGGAAGUGAUGUGCAGACAAAAUCAUGGAGUUGCUGUAGAUUACUUUGCUUUGGGCAUUAUUAUGCAUGAGUGUAUUGUACACUAAUGUUUCUAUUUUAGCUCGGCAAACGCCCAUAUAAUGGAAAGAGUAGACAAGAAAUUCGAGAUCAAAUUAUUGCUAAAUAGGCUGCUAUUGCUGAUGUUCCUUAAGGUUGGAGUACUGCGGCCAUAGCUUUUGCGAAUGCUUUGAUGUAAAGGAAGCCUUAAUUGAGAUUGGGGUGUAAUGGGCCAGAUGAAGUUAAAAGCCAUCCUUGGUUCAAAGAUAUCAAGUGGGCAGAUUAUGAAAAGAAACUGAUUACUUCUCCCUUUAUCCCUGAUGGAAAAUUGGAAAAUUAUCUAAAGUCUAAUCAACUUGACUCCCUUGAAGAUUAAUCUAUUCUCCAUUCUGAAUAAGUUUAAUGUAAAGAUGACUUAAAAUCUUAGAAUAAUUCUUAGGGUAUGAAAAUUUGCCUUAACUCAAUGGAUAGCCUGCUUGCAUAUCAUCUAUCGUUUCCCCCAGAACUCCGAACUUAAGGAUUCAGCUUAAAAAAGAGUAAUGA